AUGUGGCCUGGCAACCUCCAUCUCCAGAAUGUCUCAUCGAGAGCGGCGCACUGGCGGGAGUACUUCUCCCGUCAUUUCGGUGCCACGUGCCUGGAGAUCAAUGAGCUCACCGACAUGUCAUCCUGGUCGCGAAGCAGUGAUGUGUCAUGUGCUCUGGUCACCGGCCCGCCCAACGAAAACGUCACGCUUGGACAGCUGUCAGCGAAGAAUGUGCGCUUCCUCGUCAUGAAGUAUGACUGGGAUCCCUCGAUCGCGUUCAGCACGUACCAUGAGACAAUCCAGCCCGGGGCAACAUCUCAGCUGCUCCUGGACGACUUCGUGGCCUACGCCGCCGGAAGGAAGCCCCUAAACCCGAACACGAACUUCGUCCUGGAAGUCUUCGGCUCAGCCAAGAUUCCGGACUUUACGCUCUACCACCGAUGUGCCGAUCCAAUCUGUAAGGCCGCGGCUCUCAAACUCAUCCUGGAGGACUUAGAGCUCCGCUGCGUGCACGACCUCUCGACGAACUACAACACCGACUUGCUGCAGGACGAUACCAACGAACACGUCUUCUCUUCAGGUGAGACCUGCCCCGAAUACUCCUGCGGAUGUCUGGGUUACCAGUCGCCCCUGGAGGUUGUGCACCAGAAGCUGCUUGCCCAAGGGCACAGCGUGCAGGCGGUUCAAGCAGACUAUCCAGAGAAAGGAACCAAGACGCAGCUGUCUCAAGUGACCCGCCGCAUGAACGAAGCCACCCUGCGCCACAUGCGUGGUGAGCCCGAGCUUGGGGCCUCCUGGUGGUCCUGCCAUUGGCAGCCCGUGACGGCCGUUGGAGUGCCACUACUUCUGCUGGCCUGCUGUGGGAUCUAUGUGACCCUGGCCUGUCGCUAUCCCAAGCGUUGGGGCACCUGGUUCUGGAGGUAUUUGGAGGGGUGGAGGCGGAAUCGGGCAGCGGCAGAGCGGGGCGCUCAACGUGGACGCGAGGAAGCCCGGAGGUAUUUGGCUGCGGAGCGAGGCGAUUUUCACUCAGCCGGUCCGGGUGUGGCUCCCCCACCGAUGCAGGUGCCCCCCAAUGGGCCGAUGGGCUACCAGAAUCAGUUCCAGAAGUUCACGGCGACCGAGUGA